CCUUUCUGUACUUCACUUUUCGAGUCGCGGACGGGUGAGGAUGCUGUCCAGAUCUCCGGCGACACGGGCGAGCCGCUCAUACCCUUAUGGGUGGUUGCGCGCUGCAGCCAGCAGAACGCCGCAAUUCAGCACGCAACAACAACAACAGCUCCGCCGCGGAGCAGCAAGCUUCGCGGUCAACAAGAAGACUACGAAUGCAAGGAGAUGUCUCCCAUCGCUCUCGAAGAUGUUCGACAAGCGCCCGGGAGCAACGGUAGUUCCCCGACUUGCACAAUUGACGAUUGGCUCAACGAGGUGCUCGUCCUCUGCGACGCUCGCCGUGCCCGAUGAUGCUACACAUGCGGACCGGAAGGAUGUCGUCUACGCCCUGAUUGACGAGAUCAAUCGAAACGAAGCCGUCAUGGCCGACCUCAUGGAGGAUCUGGACUUGCUCGACGAUUUCGACCAAGCUCUUCGCCUUGACGGUCUGGAGUAUGAGCACGCAUUUAGCCAGACGAUCGGCCACCGGGACCAAGAGACUUUGGAAGGCCGGGUGCGCAUGGCGAGACAGGAAUUCCGCGAAUAUCUACCACCCGACUACCUAAACACGCGCGAAACCGAACUCUAUGUCCGGCUCUACGGUGAACCGAUCUACCGUGACGUGGAUAGCAUUCGACCCGAUAUCGAGCUUGAAGCUGUGGAAGAAGAGGAAGAGGGCGAUCAACUGUACCGCGAAGAUGGAGAAGGGGGCUGGGAAGAGGUUGAAAUGCUCGAGGAGGAGGCUGAGUAUGAGGAAGGAGAAGAGGAAGAUGAUGGAAUUCCCGUUGUCUAUGACAUGGAGGCUGGGCCCGAGGCAGAGGAGACCAUCGCCAUGCAGCGCACGCGCGAGGUUGCCGAGCAGCUCGGCGGAGAAAUCAUGUUCGAGCAGUACCAGGACGAAGCUGUGCCUGAUGGUGAUGAUAGCCUGAGGUAUCACCCCGCGACGGAGAUGGGCAAAUCUGGAACGAAGCCCAGCACUGUUUUCCCGCCAAGCGACACUUUGGUGAAACCCAUCUCGACAAUCCUGGGGGAUUUCGCGAAUAAGCAUAUCCAGGAAACUGCUCGUCGUGUCUUCAAAGGCCGGUUCCUUCCUCUGUCCGUCACGACUCCCCCGAGAUCGGUUCAAGCUCCCCAGUUACCGAGUCCCUUGGAGGCUUCGCAGCGUCAUAUGAGUGAGAUGGAGGCCAAUGUCUACCUUGCGGCCAUGUAUCCUGGAUUCUAUGCCUCAGUGCUGAGUGUCUUGGUCGAAGUCCGCAAGCGACUGGGCACCGAUUGGCUGCGGGGCCUGAUGAACAAAGAAGACGGUCCGAGCGUUCUUGAUGCUAGUGCAGGAGGUGCUGGUAUCAUUGCAUGGAGGGAAGUUAUGCGUGCGGAGUGGGAGGCGAUGGACCCCGAGCGUCCCUACUCCGAGACCCCGCUGGGCAAGUCGACCGUGGUGGUGGGAUCUAACAGUCUUCGCCAUCGCGCUGCGGCACUUCUGGACAACACCACCUUCCUACCACGACUGCCAGAUUACGUCCACCUUCGUGAAAAACCGACGCUGGACGAUGACAGGGCCCCAAAGCGGAAACAGUUCGACAUCGUCAUUGCGCCCCACUCCAUUCUUCCGAUCGAGGAGGAGUACCUGCGCAAGGAGCAUGUGCAGAACCUUUGGCAGCUCGUCAACCCCAACGGUGGAAUUCUCAUUCUCCUUGAGAAGGGCCAUCAAAGAGGUUUUGAGGCCGUCGCUGGAGCCCGUGAUAUGCUGCUCAAGCGCGUGAUCCGCAAUACUGAUCUCGCUGCUUCAGAACAAGACACCACUUCGAAGGCGCACGAGGAGGACGAUGAAUUGGAACUGGAAAAGGAACCCGGCAUGAUUGUUGCGCCUUGCACCAACCAUGCUCAAUGCCCCAUGUACAAGAUCCCUGGCCACUCGGUCGGGCGCGGUGACUGGUGUCACUUCCGGCAACGGUACAUCCGCCCUCCCUUCCUCCAGCGCAUCAUCGAUGCCAAGAACCACAACCACGAGGAUUUGCGGUACAGCUACCUCGUCGUCCAGCGUGGUGUCGAUCUGCGCGAGGAAAGAGGCUUCAAGCAGGACCGCGUGGCCAAGUACCAUGCCGCCAAGGGCUACGAACACUUGUGGCCCGACGAGGAGACGAAGGCGGCUAUGACCGAGGAGGAACAGCAGAAGCUUGCGGAGGACGAGGCCCGUUUCGAGCCGCUGACUCUGCCGCGCAUCGUCUAUCCGCCCAUCAAGCGUCGCGGGCAUGUCACCUUUGACAUCUGCACUCCCGACGCGAAGAUCGAGCGCUGGACCGUUCCCCGCUCCUUCAGCCGUCAGGCGUACCGCGACGUGCGCAAGUCUCAAUGGGGAGACCUGUGGGCGCUCGGGUCGAAGACGCAGAUCGAUCGCAAGGUCAAGACCGGGGAGCAACGUGGCAUGAGCAAGAAGGACAGGCUGGAGGCGCGAGCUGCUGCUAGGGAGGCGGCCAAGGCAGCGCAGGAAGAGGAGGAUGCAGAUGCUGCUGCGAACAACCGCAGGCCGGAACUCCUCAUCCCCAAGAGGAAGAAGGGGGAGAAGAUCCCCAGCUGGAAGAAGCACCAAGAUAAGAAGAAGGUUCGGCAGCAUUACAACCAGAUGAAGAUUGACGACGCGUAGGUGUCACGCUUUUGUCGUAUGUCGGGGUUCUGGGUUGGGAUAUAUUUCCUUUUACAUGGUUGGGGGCGCAUUAGGGGGAUUCGGCCGCCAGGCUGCGGAUAUCAUCUACGGUUCGGGAGCAAACUUGCAUAAAUCUUGUAUAUUUUCAUGUGUACAAUAUGUGGUCUUUGUGUUGAUAUUAGCUAUCAUAGUCGAGCUCUUC